GUCACACUGGAGCUUAUCAGCAACAAAAAAUCGAACAGCUGACACGCGCAGCCGGUCCCCGCACCCGAAAUCUCACACACAUCGACCGAAUUUCUGCUAUCCCCGCGUACUUAUCAAUUAGCGCUCUAUGACAACCCCCCCGGCGCAGAUGUUCGACCCGUGAGCAAAAGAAUUUUUGCUCUCGCGGCACGGAAAACUUCCACGGGCUUCAGUCGGUCGAUUCGCUCGGAGGCGUUCGCAUAGUACGCACAAUUUGGCGGAGGAACACAGGCAAGGUCAAGCAAGGUCUUACGAGGCUAAAAUUUUACGUGUGUGCGGGUGGCGAAAGGAAGAAAGCUGGAAAAAUGGGACAAGCUCGUUUCCUGAUCAACGGACUUAGGCAGGGAUUUGCCAAGGUGGGCGCAACGAACACGGCCAUUAAUCCCUUGGCCACCGCCCAGGUGGCGACCCAGAAACGCCAUCAACACAGCACAGCGACAAAGAGCUGUGCCUAUGAUCUGGUUGUGGUUGGCGGUGGAAUCGUCGGUGCUGCCUCUGCUCGGGAGAUCCUACUGCGUCAUCCUAGCCUCAAAGUGGCCAUCUUGGAGAAAGAGUCCCAACUGGCCAAACAUCAGAGUGGCCACAACUCUGGAGUGAUCCAUGCUGGAAUCUAUUACAAGCCCGGAACACUAAAGGCUCGCCUCUGCGUGGAGGGCAUGCACUUGGCGUACGCUUAUCUGGACGAAAAGAAGAUUCCGUACAAGAAGACAGGCAAACUGAUCGUGGCCACUGACAAGAAGGAGGCUAAGCUGCUGGACGAUCUGCACAAGCGUGGCAUUGCCAACAAGGUGCCGGACCUUCGGAUGAUCGAGGGCUGUGAAAUACAGGAGAUUGAACCGUAUUGCCAGGGACUAAAGGCUCUACAUAGUCCGCACACCGGAAUCGUGGACUGGGGCCUGGUUACGCAGUAUUACGGUGAGGAUUUCAAGCGAGGCGGUGGUCACAUAUACUUGGAGUACAACGUCAACAAGUUUAGCGAGACCAAGGAUGACAGCGAGUAUCCAGUGACCAUACAUGGCGUAAAACCUGGUCAAACAGUUCGCACCAAGAAUGUUCUGACCUGCGGUGGCCUACAAUCCGAUCUGCUGGCUGAAAAAACCGGUUGCCCCCGUGAUCCCCGGAUUGUGCCCUUCCGCGGAGAAUAUUUGCUGCUGUCUAAGGAGAAGCAACAUAUGGUGAAGGGUAACAUUUACCCAGUGCCCGAUCCUCGAUUCCCCUUCCUUGGGGUUCACUUUACGCCCCGCAUGGACGGCUCCAUCUGGCUGGGACCGAAUGCAGUGCUGGCCCUGAAACGAGAGGGGUACACCUGGGCCGACAUUAACCUAUUCGAGCUUUUCGAUGCCCUGCGCUAUCCAGGCUUCGUUAAGAUGGCCAGCAAGUACGUUGGAUUCGGCUUAAGUGAGAUGUCCAAGUCUUGGUUUAUCAAUCUGCAGGUCAAGGCGCUGCAAAAGUACAUCCCGGACAUCACGGAGUACGACAUUCAACGCGGUCCAGCUGGCGUGCGUGCUCAGGCGAUGGAUUUACAGGGUAAUCUCGUGGAUGACUUUGUCUUCGACCGCGGCGAGGGAACGGGAGCACUUGCCCAGCGCGUACUUCACUGCAGGAAUGCUCCCUCGCCGGGGGCCACCAGCAGCUUGGCCAUUGCCAAGAUGAUCGCCGAUAAGAUCGAGACAGAGUUCUGCAUCGGCAAGUGAUAGCUAAAGUCCCAAAAAUAAUAGGUCAAGCUCAAAUAUACAAAUUCUAAUUUUUUACCGAAA